AUGAGUCGCAAUUGUUCUGCAAGUUGCUCUACAACAGAUUCUAAUUUCAUUGAUACGAACUAUUUAAUAUCUACUGUUGGAUCCACAUUAGCUCGCGGAUUAGCAGAAUUAGUCGAACGUCGUCCAGCUGAUCCUAUUGAACAUCUAGCUGCAUUUCUCUAUAAACAAGCUGAUGUGAUUCGUGCUAGGAAACAAAAAGAAGAAAACACAAAACGAGUCGAAAUAAAAAAGCCUACGGAUGAACAAGGCAAGCCGCAUCAUUUACCAUUUCAAAAUCAAACUCAAGAUUUACGUGAACAAGAAGAAAACAAGCGUAAACGACAUAUAGAAAAAUUAAUUAAAAGACAUAAGCAAUUAUCAACAGCUUCUCCAGCAUCUUCAAGUGUCCGCAAAAAUGAUGAAAUAUUUAUCCUUGAAUUUGGUGAAACUGAAUUACAUCGGCAAGCUGCAAUUAAAAAUACAAAUCUUUCACAAUUGCUGCGUUCGAAUUAUCGUUUAAUUGCAUCACGAAAUUUCCAAAGAAAAACACCACGUGACGUAGCUCUUGAUGCUGGUCGUUAUGAAAAUGUGGAUGAAAUAGAUACGUUUUGUCGUGGAUUACUUGAAAAUGGCAACGUAAAAGCAAUAAACUAUUUACUUCUAUAUGGUUAUACAGAAUUAGUUGAUCAAUUGAAAGCUAUUGAAAAUAUAAAUAAAAAUACAUUUAAUUUCGUUAAUUAUCAAAUACCUGAAUUAUUGGAUAGAAUUAAACAGUUCAAAGAAGCUAUAAUAAGAGGCAAUAAGAACAUUGUUGAAAGUAUCGUUCACUAUCAUAAAAAAAUUCCACUAUAUCGAGAUUCAGACGGCUCAUCAUCCCUUCACGAUGCUAUUAAAAAUCGGCAACUUCAGAUCGCCUUAUAUCUGAUUCAAAAGUAUCCAUCGUUGGCACUUGUGAAAGAUUCACGUCGCCGCACUGGUUUAGAUUUGCUUGAUUUAAUCAAUAAAGUUAGUUUAACUGGUGAACAAUAUGACGUAUACAAUGAACUUAAACAAACACUGAUUGCAGCUGCAGUCAAACAUGAAUGA